AUGAGCUUAUCCUACAUGCGUCUUAUGGAUUUAGGUAACAAUUUACCUGGCUUAAUCAUAAUUAUUAAUUUGGAGCAUAAAGCGGCUGAAAGCCAACACUUAGCGGGAGGUGGCACAAGACUGGAGGAAGAGGAAGGCGAGUCCCAGACUUAUUUGGUCACAGCACCAGCUGAUUGCCUCCAAAUGGUAGUGUAUGGAGAAGAAUGGGCAACAAACUCUUUCUAA